CGGACGGCAGCGCGGCCGCGAAACUGAGGAGGCGGAGCCGAGACCCGGUCGGAGCAGCGAGCUAACGCCAGGACCAGGUUUAAGUUUUUGAGAUUGAAGUAGGUCUGCACAUUAGGAACUCAUGUCUUUCCUUGUAAGUAAACCAGAGCGAAUUAGGCGGUGGGUCUCGGAAAAGUUCAUUGUUGAGGGCUUAAGAGAUUUGGAACUAUUUGGAGAGCAGCCUCCAGGUGACGCUCGGAGAAAAACCAAUGAGGCGAGCUCAGAGUCGAUAGCAUCCUUCUCCAAGCAAGAGAUCAUGAGCUGCUUCCUGCCAGAGGCAGGGUGUUACGAGCUGCUCAGUGUUCUAGGCAAAGGAUUUGAGGACCUGAUGACCGUUAAUCUCGCAAGGUAUAAACCAACAGGAGAGUACGUGACAGUCCGCAGAAUUAACCUAGAAGCUUGUUCCAACGAGAUGGUGACGUUCCUGCAGGGGGAGCUUCAUGUCUCUAAGCUCUUCAGUCAUCCCAACAUCGUCCCGUACCGAGCCACCUUUAUUGCUGACAACGAGCUGUGGGUUGUCACAGCGUUCAUGGCCUAUGGCUCAGCAAAGGAUCUCCUCGGCACGCACUUCCUGGACGGCAUGAGUGAGCUGGCCAUCGCCUACAUCCUGCAGGGCGUCCUCAAGGCUCUGGACUACAUCCAUCACAUGGGCUAUGUGCACAGGAGUGUCAAGUCAAGCCACAUUCUGAUCUCUGUGGAUGGGAAGGUCUACCUGUCUGGCUUACGCAGCAACCUCAGUAUGAUCAGUCACGGGCAGCGGCAGCGUGUGGUGCAUGAUUUUCCCAAAUACAGCAUCAAGGUUCUGCCGUGGCUCAGCCCGGAAGUCCUGCAGCAGAAUCUUCAGGGUUAUGAUGCCAAGUCUGAUAUCUACAGCGUGGGGAUCACAGCCUGUGAACUGGCCAACGGCCACGUCCCCUUUAAGGACAUGCCUGCCACCCAGAUGCUGCUGGAGAAGCUGAACGGCACAGUGCCCUGCCUGCUGGACACCAGCACCAUCCCUGUGGAGGAGCUGACCAUGAGCCCCUCACGCUCCGCAGCCAACUCUGGCCUGGGUGAGAGCCUGGCCACUGGCAUCCCCCGGUCUUCCAACGGGGACUCGCCUUUCCACCCCUACCACCGCACCUUCUCCCCACACUUCCACCAUUUUGUGGAGCAGUGCCUUCAGCGCAGCCCAGAUGCAAGGCCCAGUGCCAGUGCCCUGCUGAGCCACUCCUUCUUCAGACAGAUCAAGCGACGUGCCUCAGAAGCUUUGCCUGAGUUACUUCGUCCUGUCACCCCAAUCACCAAUUUUGAGGGCAGCCAGUCUCGGGACCAUAGUGGAAUCUUUGGCCUGGUGACAAAUCUGGAAGAGCUGGAGGUGGAUGACUGGGAGUUCUGAGCCUCUGCAGACCCGGCUGGCAUGUUCCCAGCCGCCUGGGCGCAGAGAGGGCGUGGAGGACACUGCCCGCAGAGCUGGCUGUGGCUGGUGGAGGAGCAUCUGGAGAGGUGUCUCCGGUGCUGUGCAGCUGCUGAGACACAAGGACUCAGGAUUGCAAAGAUCCAGUCGCAGGCCCACCCCGCCCUCGGGCUGUGGUGGCCCCGGGGCCACAGUCCAAGCCCAAGGUUUGACGCAGCAAGCAUGGCAUUGCCACCUCUUCUUCCUUCCAGUUGCUCUCCUGCCAGCUGAGUUUCAUUCUUUUCCUUUGUUCCCAGAUCCGGUAGGCCCAUGAAGGGGCAAGCUCAAAGCACCCUUCCUCCCUGGCCCUCUGGCCACUUCCUAAUAACGGAAGGGGAAGCUUUCUCUCCCUCUCAAGCAGCAGGUUAAAGCAUGGACAGUCCAUCCGCGUCCCUCAUAUUGCUGGGACCUAGGCGCCACAGACUUCUGGCAGCUUCUCUGCGUAGCAGACCUCCCCACGAGUCUGUCCUCAUGCCUCCGGCCACUGUCCUGAUGCUUCUCCAAGGGCCGUCAUUCUUGCCUCACCCGAGAGCUGUGUUAGUUUCAUUAUCAGAACACAUUAAAAUGUGUAGAGCAUC